AUGGCAAUCGAUCUUCCUUCCACCCCAGUAUAUGCCUUAGACCAGAUCCCUCCAAGCAUUCAGCUAGCAGUUCCUGUCUUCCAUCAGCCGAACCAUGUUGAUCUCAUAUUGGAAGUAGAAAUAUCCGUUGAGCUUUUCAAUGUGACAGGCCGAAUCCAGCUUGGGAAUGGAUUACCAACUCUCGUGAAUUCCGUCUUCGGCUGGGUCGUUUCCGGGGAAACCACACAGCCUUCUAUCACCACUCCAAUCAUUUGUAAUAUUGCCACCGUGAGUGACAUCAACAAUCUCAUGGAGAAAUUUUGGUCCAUCGAAGAAGACAGCGUUCGUUCUUGUUACUCUGUUGAAGAAAUUGCGUGUGAAGAGCAUUUCCGCCGAACAUUUUCUCGAAAUCCCGACGGUCGCUACAUCGUGCGUCUUCCUGUAAAAGAAGAGGUGAUCGUAAAUCUCGUUGACAAUCGCCGUACUGCUAUUCGUCGUUUCCGGUUACUGCAAACUCAACUUGCGCGAAAUGAAGAACUCAACCAACAUUAUUGUGACUUUAUGAACGAGUAUUUGACAUCGGGUCAUAUGCAACGCGUUGAAGAGAAUCAAUCAUCUCCGAGACCAUGUUAUUAUCUACCCCAUCAUGCUGUCGUUAAAGAGGACAGUACCACCACAAGGGUACGAGUUGUUUUUGACGCGUCUUGUCCCACACCAAAUGGCCCAUCUUUAAAUGAUGCACUUAUGGUCGGCCCAAUAGUGCAAGAAAACCUAAGGUCCAUUAUUAUGCGUUCUCGAAUCCGCCCGGUUCUUCUCAACGCCGAUAUUAAGCAGAUGUAUCGGCAGAUUCUUACUGAUCAUCAAAGCAACAAUUUACAGCACAUCGUCUGGAGUCCUUCACACGAAGUCCCACUCUAUACAUACGAAUUGAAAACCGUUACAUACGGUACCGCCAGCGCUCCUUUUCUUGCCACAAGGGUACUGCAACAACUCGCCGAAGACGAGCAGGACAAUUUCCCGGAUGCUGCGCACGUGCUUCGGAAAGACUUUUAUGUCGAUGAUUUAUACUCUGGAGCAAACACGAUAGAAGAAGCUGUUGCUUUGCGAAAGCAACUGGAAGCACUUUUACAGAAGGGGGGAUUUGAAUUACGUAAAUGGAUCUCCAACGAAUCAGCUGUUGUACAAGACGUUGCUCCUGAGAAGAAAGCCGUUCAAUCCACUAUCGAUUUAGAACGAGAUCUAAGUGUGAAAACGCUCGGACUGCAUUGGGUGCCAAACACCGACAUGCUACGGCCUCUUGUUCCGCUAAACGACGACCCUAGCGACUUCGAGGCGCUUACUCCUGGCCACUUCCUUACCGGCAGUGCAUUGAAAGCAGUUCCGGAUUACGACUACUCCUCGACACCGUUCAAUCGUCUUCGUCAAUGGCAGCAAACACAGAAAAUAUUCCACGACAUUUGGAAAAGAUGGCACUCCGAAUACCUUGCCACACUUCAGCCAAGAACGAAAUGGUUGAAAGCCGCUGCUGACAUAGAAAUCGGUCGACUGGUGAUCAUUAAAGAUGAAAAUUCUCCACCUCUGCGAUGGGAAAUGGGACGUAUCGUGGAAGUUCAUGCCGGGGCCGACAACAUCGUUCGUGUUGUUACUUUAUAG